GGGAAGGAGACGGAGGGCAAUGGUCGAGGCGGCUCCUGCUCGGACAUGCUUGACCUUUGAUGAUGUGGCCGUGUAUUUCUCUGAGAAGGAGUGGGGAAACCUGGAAGAGUGGCAGAAGGAAAUCUACAAGCAUGUGAUGAGGACAAAUUAUGAGACCUUAAUAUUCUUGGACCGUGCUGUUCCAAAACCAGACUUAAUAUCCUGGAUUGAGCAGGGUAAAGAACCAUUCAUCAGAGAUCUGGUAGAUUUGAAGAGAAUAGAAACAGUGGUCAGUUCUGGUGACGAUGAGGAAUGUAACCUGGAAAGCAUCGAGGAGUGGAAGUUUUUUGCUCACAGCAUUAAGGGGUCCUUCCUGAGGAAGAGAGCCCUGAACCAUAAAAUCCCAGGCCCCCUGGGCUGUCAGGAAGUCCCCCUACGACAGAGAUGCUUCCAUUGCUGUGUGUCUAAUAACAGCUUCCACGGGAAAGGUCACUUGGUACUCCACCAAAGGAGCCAUCCCAAGGAGGAACUCUGCCAGUGUUCAAAGUGUAAGAAGACAUUAAGCAGCAAGUCUAACUUCGAGCAAAGUCAGAGGCUUUGCUGCCAGGAGAAGCCCCUCCAGUGCCGCCAAUGUGAGAAGAGCUCUUGUGUGAAAUGGAGCCUGAUUGCUCACCAGCUGGUUCACAGGGGAGAGUGGCCCCCUCGAGGCCCCAAGAGAAAAAGAAGCUUCUGCAGCAAGGUUGACUUAGAGGAGCUUCAGCACAUACCCAGCUGGGGGAACCUGUUCUCCUGUGAAGAAUGUGGGAAGAGCUGCUUAGGAUCCUACUUGCAUCCACACCAGGGCCUCCACAGUGGGCAGAAGCCAUUUUCCUGUGAUGAGUGUGGCAAGACCUUCACCUUUCAGUCUAUUCUCAGCACCCAUAUGAGAAUUCACAGUGGGGAAAAGCCUUUCCACUGCCAAAAAUGUGAUGAGAGCUGCUAUAGGAAGACCUCCUUAAAGUUUCACCAAAACUCCGAUGAUGAACAAAUAGCAUUCUCCUGCAGGGAGUGUGGUGAGUGGUUCACCUGCCAGUCUAGUCUUACCGAUCACAUCAGCGUCCACACUGGGGAAAAACCCUUUCCAUGCCCCAAGUGUGAUAGGAAGUACCGCCUAGAGAGAAGUCUGAAGGCACAUCUGAGACUUCACAGCGGAGAGAAGCCCUGCCCCUGUGGGGAGUGUGGCAGGAGUUUGAUCCAUCAGUCCAGGCUCACAGAGCACAUCAGAGUACACAGUGGGGAGAAGCCCUUCCAGUGUCCUGAGUGUGAUAAAAGCUUCAGGCAGAAGUCUUCUGUGAAAAUCCACCAGCGUCUCCAUACGGGGGAAAGACCUUUCUCCUGUAGUGAGUGCGGCAAGUGCUUCAACAGACAGAAUAACCUCAACCAACACAUCACACUCCAUACUGGAGAGAAGCCUUUCCAGUGUCCUGAGUGUGACAGAUGUUUCCGACUAAAGAUAAAUCUGAAGGCCCAUCUCAUCCAACACAGUGGGGAGAAGCCAUUUUCCUGUAGUGAGUGCAGUAAGAGCUUUACCCGGAAAUUUUUGCUCACCAAACAUCUCAGAGUCCACAACACAGAGAAACAGUUCUCUUGUGGAGAAUGUGGCAAAACUUUCACCCAUCAGUCUAAGCUAACCAGACACGUCAGAGUCCAUAGUGAAAAGAAGCCCUUCUCCUGCAGUGAAUGUGGCAAGACCUACAGCUAUCAGUCUCAGCUCACUGUACACAUCAGAGUCCACAGUGGAGAGAAGCCGUUCUUCUGUGGGGAGUGCGGAAAGAGCUUCAUCCGUCGAUCUCAUCUCACCAGUCACAUCCGAGUCCACAAAGGGGAGAAGCCGUUCUGCUGUGGUGAGUGUGGCAAGAGUUUCGUGGAGCAGUCGGAGCUCGCUAAACACAUCACGAGCCAUAGUGGGGAGAAACCCUUCUCUUGCAGUGAGUGUGGUAGAAUCUACAGCCAUCGGUUUCAGCUCACUGAGCAUAGCAAAGUCCAUAGCAGGGAAAAAGCGUUUCCAUGUCCUGAGUGUAAAAAGACCUUCAGCCACAGACGUGCCUUGAAAGUGCACCAGCAAAUGCACAUCAGAGAGAGGCCAUUCUCAUGCAGUGAGUGUGGCAGAAGAUUUACUUACAAGGGUGCGCUCAACACCCACCUCACAGUUCAUGCUGGGGAAAGAUUGAACAGUGCUAAGCCAGACAAGGUUCCCAGCAGUAAUUGUAUAGUCAACAAAAUAAUAAUUCCUGGCUUGAAGCCUCUGCCGGCUCCUGCCCGGGCUGAAGCUCUUGAACUAAACCUUCGCAUUUACUCUUCCCGCCCAGAGGCGGCGCUGGGUGACAAGCCUGCAGAAGAGGCGGCUUCCGGGGUUGAGCGGGGAGCGGAGGUCCCAGGAUGCAUUGCGAGUUUUACUGACUACAGCGGUUGGGGCUAG